CCGAUGCCAGAGGCUCUAAAGCAGCUCAUCCCAUCUGCAGGCCCGGGUCCAGGCCGCUACGCCCUGCCUCCGACUAUCGGUUUCCUGGGGCAUGAUUUUACGAAGUUAACCAGCCCCGCGUAUUCCUUCCACGGCAGGAUGUGCGACCACAUGUUCUCUGUGGACUCCAGUCCCGGGCCUAAAUAUCACGUUGACGCAAAAAUAACUCGCUUCGGUAGGGACGGUACCCCAGCGUACUCAAUGCUGGGCAGGAUGAGGCGUUGUGUGACUAACUUCCAGACUCCAGGACCCGGUUCCUACAACCCUGAAGCAGCUCCGAAUGUUAACGGCCAGCGACGGCCCCCGUCAUACACCAUGGGCUCUCGAACUUGCUACCGCGGGGUGGACAACAUUCCAGCCCCCAACAGUUACAGCCUCCCUUCACUAAUGGGCUCUAAAGUGCCCACCAAGCCAGCCAGUGCCAGCUACACCAUAUCAGGACACUGCAAAUCCGGGGGGGCGUCACAAGACCUGGCCAAGACCCCAGGCCCUGGCAGGUACAACAGCACCGAUCCCAGCGUUUAUUUACCCAGGCAGCCAGCGUUCUCCAUGCUCAGCCGGCACAGCCUCCCCCGUGACAGGACCUGCAAGCCGGGGCCCGGCUCACACAGCCCCGAAAAGGUCAUGGUGCACAAGCCCCGCCCCCCAGCGUUCUCUAUGGGCAUCAGACACUCUGAGUUCGUCACCCCGCUGGUGAUAGACACUUUGGACUGACCUGCGGGUCUUUCCACCUCAGCAAGAUUCCGAUCCAGUUUCCUGUCGUGUUCCAUAAUCUUUUUUUCUUGUUAAUGUUUCUUUUGAGAUGCCUGUUUCUCUGGUUCCAAUCGCAAUUUAAAAGAAAAGACAGAAAAAGAGGCUGCUUACGCUAAUACGGAAACGUGAGCAUGUCAAAGCACAUGUCGCUCAAAAAAUAGACAUAUGAUACCAAUUCACAUUUAAUGGAAUAAAAAAAUCUACUUGAUGUAGCCCUGUAGUAGAAGGAAAAUGGCACUAUGGGUUCGAUAAACCAUAAUAAAUAACCAUAAUAAAAUUAGGGCAAAAUUGUACUAAAGUGCUAAUAAGAUUUUUAUAAUUUAUGGAUUAAAAUGGUUAAUUCAGAUAAAUGUAUUAUUGAAAAUGUAUUUUUCCAAAUUUAUGAAAAAUAACUAGAAUAUACUUUGUAUGUUCAUUACACUUCUUACUGUCAUUUAAUUCAAAACUGGAUUUUCU